AUGGGCGUACCAGUCAUCUUAUGCGGCAGAACAGAGGCCAUUGGCACCGGCGUGGUUGCUGAUCUCAAGCCCGAGUAUGAAGUGAUCCACUUUGUCAUGUCUCCCGAGUCCGGUAUUAUCCAGAUUCCCGCCAUCCUCAAGGGAGAGCAAUCGGUCCCGGCAGAUUCAGAGCUGGGCAGCAAGGACUACUCCCGGCCAGUAGCCGCCGUGAUCCUCGGGGGAGGAUACGACGACUCCGCGACCGAUGCCAUGUUGCAAGCGGUCAAGCAGCACGAAGGGGCCAAGGCGGUGCCGUGGUUACGUCCUGAUCUCACCAAGCCAAGCCCCCCUCUGGGUCCUGCGUAUGGAAAAGCAAUGGUCCGGCGGAUCAAGGAGCUCAUGCCCCAGCUGGAGCGCGAGAAUAAGAUGGACAUGACAGAAGUGCAUUACUAUUGA